AUGAUCUCCAGAAGAGUAGCAUCUUCGGGGGCAAUGGCAUCCAAGCGUGCAUCGGCCCAGCUCCUCAAGUCCUGCAAUGGAUUGGGCACCUCCAGCGCUAUCGGACUCCGGCCCAGCUUCAUCAUUGUGCGCCAGUGCCAGCCGCUCAUAGCUAGCCGGCGGAACUUCUCUAGUACAUCCAACGUGAACAGCAAAGAGUUCUUCCCAAAAAAUGAGACAGAGAGGGUCAGAAAGACUGGAUCUGCAUGGCCCCACCCAGUCUAUACACCUGAGCAAAUGGACUCUGUCGUCGUUGCUCACCGAGAGGCCAAGACAUAUUCUGACAAGGUCGCCCUUUUAGCUGUUAAAGUCCUACGGUAUGGUUUAGAUCUGGCAACAGGUUAUAAGCAUGAGAAGGCUACUGCAUUGAACAAGAAGGACCCUACCGCGGCACUCCAUAAGUAUGCUAUGAAUGAAAAGAAGUACAUGAUCCGGAACGUCUUCCUCGAGAGCGUGGCAGGCGUCCCAGGAAUGGUAGCCGGUAUGCUGAGGCAUCUACAUUCCAUGAGGCGCAUGAAGAGGGACAAUGGAUGGAUCGAAACCCUGUUGGAAGAGAGCUUCAACGAGAGGAUGCAUCUCCUCACCUUCCUGAAGAUGUCUGAGCCCGGACUCUUCAUGCGCCUCAUGGUCCUCGGUGCUCAGGGUGUCUGGUUCAAUGCCCUGUUCCUUGCGUACCUGAUCAGCCCACGAACCGUCCACCGAUUUGUCGGAUACUUGGAGGAAGAGGCGGUCAUUACAUACACACGCCAGAUUGCCGACAUCGAUGCUGGCCGCCUCCCAGAGUGGUCAAACCUGCAGGCCCCUGAGAUCGCCGUAGAAUACUGGAAGAUGCCUGAGGGGCACCGUACCAUGCGAGAUCUCCUCUUGUACAUUCGAGCAGACGAGAGUAAGCACAGGGAGGUCAACCACACCCUUGGAAACCUCAACCAGAAAGAAGACCCAAAUCCAUAUGUGAGCGAGUACAAAGAUCUCACAAGACCGCAUCCGACAAAGGGUCUCGAGCACUUGCGGGCGACUGGAUGGGAACGUAGUGAGAUCAUCUAA